GAUUUCUGGUUAUUCACCAUCCAGUAUGACUUUAUGGGUUGUCACGGAUUUGGAGGUCUAAUAGUUGAAGCUGACGUCGACUUUAUUUUAAUGGCUCACCUUAUCACCGUGCAGUUUCCGACUUCGGCGAGUGCACCCCACCCAACCACCUCACCGAGGACAACUGACGGAGUACGGAGUAUGACCGAGGAAUCGCGCCCAAAAAAUAAGGCGAGGCCCCGCAAUUGGCGUUCAGCUCCUAUUCCCGUCCCACACUGUCCAUUCUGGCUACCGGCGACAACGACAUAGCUAAAUCCAAGAAAAACUCUCCAACUAUCCAUAGCCCUUUCAAAGACCAGUUAACGCCGCAAGACCGAUACCCGUUUCGUGCAGCCGACCGAAGAUCAAGAAACGGCCAGUCGACAGACCACCCUUGCCGUACUCCUCACGACUGUUUUCCCCCAUCACCCCACCAUGGCAGCGAUGUCGAGCAGUUCGGCCGUGGCACCCGCCACCGAACAGGGCGGUUCGCAACCCUUCGUCUCCAAAUGGUCAUCAAGGUAUAGAGGAGCAACCGUCGAGGACCUCGAACCCCCGGCAGCCCUCUCCCUCACCCCGUCAGACCCCAUCUCCCUGGCGAUGCUCUCGGCCUACGAGAGGGAGUACACCCACCUCACAGUCGUGGACGCCCGCACGCGCGCGCUGCUGGGCUACAUCGCCAUCCCGCGCCUGCAGGCCCUCCUAGAAGCGCGCAAAGUGACACCCGAUGACCCGAUCGAGACGGCCAUGACGCGGUUCCAGCGACGCGGGAGGCCCUAUAAGGUGAUCACGAUGCAGACGCCGCUCGAGGAGCUCGAGGCCUUCUUCGAGAACAAUGGCGGGGAGAAGAACACGUUUGCGGUCAUUACGGACGAAAAGAGGAGGAUCGUGCUCGGGGUGGCAACCGACCAGGAUCUGAAGGAAUUUGUGAAGAGGAGACCAGCCUGAUGCUGCUGUAUCCUGGACGGCGGUCGGUUGUAUUGGUAUUUCAACCGGCCUGCUUGUUCGGUUGCGCGGCUGUCUUCCUUUCUUUUCCUCUUUUUUCUUUUCGCUUUUUAUUCUUCUUCUUCCCCCCCCAAAGUGUACAAAUGGGGAGCAUCGGAGAUGCUUUCAGACGAGAACGGGCGACAGGUCGCAGAUUGGGCGAUUGUAGAUCGACACUUUCAUGUCCUGUCUGUUUUCAACAGGGCCACUCCAGGGCGGACAUGGGGCGUUUUCAACGGGAUAGCAUUGACUCCGGCGUCGGCGAUAGUUGCAAGCGCUCUAGGACUUGUUCAGAUGGCCAUGACGGGUAGAGGCGUCUUGGGGAGGACCCU